AGUAUGCUGUGUCAUAUUUUCUCUGAUCCUUAUAAGUUUAGAGUUGUGUCAUAUUUUCUCUAAGAUUGGGUCAUUGCUGAUACAGAGAUGACUUCCAAAACGAAUGGAGAAAAUGAUCAAUCCUCGCAACAAUCUAUAAUCACGUCACUUCCCGAAGACAUCGUGGUUGACAUCUUAGCGCGUGUGCCAGUACGCGACUAUCCAGCUCUCUCCCUCGUUUCAAAGCAGUUCCAAUCACUUGUUACGUCAAAUGAGAUAUACCUGAGAAGAUCUUUGUUGAGGUGCACAGAGAACUGCCUGUAUGUUGUACUCCACAGCAGUGAAAUCCCUAACGAGCGCUUGUAUAUUCUUCGCCGUAAUGCCAACGGCAACCGCUGCAUGGUUCAUAUCUCUUCUCUUUUGGAUUUGCCAAAGGAGGGUGAAAGCUUUGUCGCAGUGGGUUCGAUGAUAUAUGGGUUUGGUGUAACGGACAAUGAAGGUUCGCCACUGUCAUCGAGUGCGUUUACCAUCGACUGCAGAUCGCACACGGUGAAACCACUCCCCAAGAUGCCUAUACCCAUGGCUAAUACAGCUGCUGGCUUUCUAGACGGGAAAAUUUACGUAUUUGGACACUGCAGUAUGAUCUCAGAGGUGAUGGUGGUGUUCAAUACAGAAACACAAAUGUGGGAGCCUGGUCACAUAAAGCCAGACACUGCUUCACCAGCUGAGGCGUGGCAUCAUGGUUAUAUGGCUGUGAUGGCUGGUAAGAUAUACACGAGGUAUUUCAUGAAUAGAUUUGUUUAUGUGCCAAAGGAAGAAAAAUGGGAAACGGACGAGGUGCUUAAUUCAAAGGAGUGGGAUCACCCUGUGUGCGUCCUUGAUGACGUUCUGUAUUACUUCUAUAAGUCUUUAAACAGGUAUGAUCCAAAGGAGAGGCGCUGGGGAGUGGUUAAAGGUUUGGAUGAGUUGAUGGCUGAGAUAGAUCUCCUAUUUUGGACAGAUACCGUGCGGUUUGGUCGGAAUCUGGCUUUGUAUUUUUCAAAAGGAGGAGAAGAACAGAUUUGUGAAACGACACAGAAGAUUUGGUGUGCGGAGAUUUCGCUUGGAAGACGUGAAGGAGGUGACAUUUGGGGUAAAGUUGAGUGGUGUGAUAAUGUCUUAACUGUUGGGAAAUUUUAUUAUAUGAACUCUCUAAGUGUCAUGGUUUAA